UCCUACUCUUGUGUCGCGAGAAAUUUUCAUCGCUCCAUAAGAGCAAGUACUCUGCUUAAAGUUAGAAAAUUAACCUUUAGUUCUUGUAGUAAAAUAAGUACACGCAAUAGAGGAACACCUUCAGAUACCUACGUCAUUGAUCCUGAUGGCAAAGAAGCACCUUUAAGUGUGUUCUGUGAUAUGACUGACAAGAGCAAAGUUGGCGUGACGGUCAUCAGUCAUGACAGUGAGAGAAGAACUCAUGUUGGGAACAUUCCUGGAUGUGGUGGACGCGGAUGUUACAGAAAAGAUGUGCGAUACACUGGAGUCAGCACCGCUCAGCUGGCAGCGCUCACUCGAGUCUCACAGAGCUGUGAACAGUUUAUCAAGUUCGAGUGCAACCAUGACGUAGCUUUUAUCGAGCAAAAUUACGCUUGGUGGGUGUCACGUGAUGGAACAAAGAUGAACUACUGGGGAGGAGCAUCAGGCUCUGAUAAGAUGUGCGCAUGUGGAGUAACAAAUUCUUGUUCAAAUGGCAAAAAGUGUAAUUGUCACAACAGUGGCAGUGGCUGGAGAGAAGACAGCGGUCUGUUGACAGACAAGUCUGCUUUACCAGUUACACAAAUCAUACUCGGAGACUUGAAUCAUAUUACGGAAGAAGGAUAUCAUACAUUAGGGAAACUCAAGUGUUAUGGUGUGGCAUAAGGCCACAUCUUAAUAUAUACAGUACAGCAGCUUAGUACAGUGCAGCAAGUGUGACUGAACUUGGAAACACAAAAAAGAUCUUUCUGAAUUUUAGUUGCCUUGGUUGUCAGGAAGGAGUUGAGUCAAGAGAUUUUAAAAAAUCUAACUUUUUCAGUUCUUUAGCUUGAUUGGGUGAUCAAGUUUUUUUUUUUUUGCGAAGAAACUCCAUUGGUUUUCCAACCCUCACAUUACGUCAAUAAACAAGGUUUGACCGAGGAAGGUCGGACAUUUUCUAAAAGAUGACUAUUCCUCAGUCUUUUUUUAGUGAAAUAAUUCAAAUUGGUGUAAAGCAAGAUCUCCAAUGAGAUUGGUUAUGUCUUUCCUACCAGUGGCAUCGUGAGUAUUGCGUUCCCAAAGCUUUAGAAAUUGGAGCUAACUUUCUAGUUACUCUACAAAUGUUAGGCAUAGCAUCUGGAAUACUAAAAAUGAUCAGCUACACAGAAAAGAUUUCAAUAACAUCAAAAACAGAAUUCUUCCUCACUCGUAUGACCCUAUUGCGGCCUUGAACCAGACUAAGGAAGAAAGACUGCCAAUCUAUUAUCUGUCAUGAUCAGCAUAUAAGCCAUGAGAGAGGCUUGGGUACGAGAAAAGAAGCACUUCCUGUCUAUUUUUUUAAAAUUUUUUUUUAUUUAACCCUUUAUUUCAAAUCAAAAGCGUAACUAUAAGAGAGGAUGUUUUUGCAUCGUAAGCAAACAGAAUGACACUCUGUUAAGAUUGAUACUGAGCCUUUGAGAAUUAACGACAGGAAAAAAAAAAACUCCUCUGAUGCCCACAUUUUAUUUUCUUUCAGCUUUCAAGACGAGUCUGAUCAAGACUUAAAAUGCAGAGUUUUAUUUUCGGUAUAAAAAUUAUUUAGGUUAACCUCAACACAUCAGUCAACAGUCAAAGAGUCACGUGCUGCUCUACUCAAAUGAUGAUUAUUUUGGCUCUGUUUCGUGUCGUUUCAGUUUGAUUUAAAAAUAUAACAUUCCUUGUGCAAAAGCUGUUUUACCAAAAGAAGUUAUCUUUUACCCCUUAAUGUUACUUUUAUUGAUGAAUUACUAAAAAAAUUUCAAUAUUUUUCGCUCGAGCGGCCGGAAAAACUAAUUCUUUAUGGAAUUCACAACUAGAGCACAAUAAAGGCUUAGGAGGAGCUUUAAUUCGCUUGAGAUUACAGCUUUGAAAAACUAAAAGUACUUGGGAGAGAAACGUUUUUUUAGAAUAAUUUUCACAUGAGAAGAUAGAUAAAG